AUGUCCCUGAAAAGCUGUAGCCCAGCCUCCAUACAAGCCUUUAUUAAGAAGCAGGAUGAGCAAGUCGCUGUACAAUGGGAGCAAUACAUUGCCAGAAGGAAGUUGGGAGGAAUGCGGGAGCUAUUCCAGACCCGAGAUGAAUCUCAUGACUGGAUAAAGCAGAGGGCACCACUUAAGCUCGUCGAUGGAGCUUGGGUUGGUCAUAUCCACCGCGUCAGCACGCCGUAUGGGAAACGACAUGUGACUAGAGACGCUUGGCAGGUCUUGUCAGAGGAGUAUGGGGAUGGGAACCUGGAAAUGCACCAUGUCCACCUGUACAGUCAGCUCCUUCGGGAGGCUGGAAUUUCCCUUCCCCAACCAGACUCGGCCGAUUUCAUCCACCCUCGGCAUGGCAUGGUCAAUAACCUAGCAUGGAAAGCCGCCGUUUCACAACUUCUCAUCUCCCUCUUCCCUCACGAUUUUCUUCCUGAGAUUCUCGGAUAUAAUAUGCACUUCGAGCUCCUUACGCUAGAGACCAUGAUGGCGGCCAAAGAGCUUGAGGAGCUGGGUAUUAGUGGAUAUUACUUUUUCCUUCACAUCAGCAUCGAUAACUCCCAUUCAGGACACACUGCCAUGGCGAUGAACAGCGUCGCGAAAUUCCUCGCACACGUCGAACUAACAGAGGGAGCCGGGGUGGCAGAAAGGGCCUGGAGGAGAGUCCAAGCCGGCUAUUGCCUUUCAAGCGCGCUUUCUUGCCCUGAAUUUGUCUCUCCAACAACCUCUAGCAACGAGUGGAACAAUGAACUCGCUGAAGUGUUUAAAGCCAAGGCACAGGCGGCCGGGAAUAUUCACUGUCCCAGCCUUAUCAAGCUUGAUGGCCGGACACUCGGCCAGUGGCUGAUCCCCGAGAAUUUCUCUUCGAUUCAGAGCCAAGAGAGGUUCGUCGCGGCUCUAGCUAGGACAAAACCAUGGGUACGUCCGGGCGAUAGUGCCAAUAGCCGCUUGAUACGAGAGCUGUCCUGGGGCGGCAAGAUGUUUGGGUCCUUCACCUCUGCCGAAGUCGAUCUUGUCAGGAGGUGGAUUGACAACCUGUGCAACCCGAGCCCACAGGCUUACCUCAGGCUCUUCGACGACCUUCCCCCGCUUCCGCCUCCUACUAGGGGGGAUAUUCGCAUACACUACCCCCUGUUUGUCCCGGGAAGCUUAGAAGGUCUCGACUUCAUCCAUGCGGCUGACUACGACUUGAAGAUAUCAAAUCCUGACGCCAGGACUAUCCUUCCCAAACUUCUUCCGUUUUGGUUCACACACCAGUGUGUCCUGGAAGGAUUGGUGACAGUGCCUUCAAGAACAGCGAACCAGACGAUAUCGGCCGUCAUCCGUGUCCUCAAAGCAUACAACGGCUUUACUUCCGUUGACGCUGGCGUGGCCGGCAUGGACGAGGCCAGAAGGACAGCAAAGGUGGGACUUAUCGAGAUAGGUCUACACAUGGUGAAACAGGCCGGACUGCCACAGCCAAUAUCGCUUCAGCAGGUGCUCGACUUGUGGCCUUGUGAGUUCUCUGUGGCCUUGUUACACCUCUCCAUGCGGCCGAUCAAGAAUAGAUCUUUGCUGUUAGGACUCGCUUCGGCAUUUUCAGCGCUCCAUGGAGCCGUCCUAAGGUCUAAGCUCCUGCCGCUGAUGGAUCAGGAGUACUUGAGAAGCAUCAUCUGGACUGAGCGACUGGCUUUCAAGCUUUGCGCAGAGGACGAGAAGCUUACAGAGCAAAGAUAUGAUGAAUAUCAACGGGGCCAAGAGUUGGGCACAAAGGCCGUGGCGGGAUUGUGUCGAGCUAUCAAAUUGAUUAAGUGA